UAAGAAGCGUGUUACAUGUAAAUUUCAGUGAGUUUUAUUCAAUUAUUGGCCRAGCAAAAACGUUUGCCAUCAAUGCAGAUGGCGCAAACGGAAGACAAAGUCUCCCUUUCUACGUCUGAGCAGUUUGAGGAMUCUUCUAGUAAGAAAACGAAACGUAUUACACCAAAUCCUUCACAAGCAGCAAACGCAUCAUGGCUAGUUGGGGAUGUAGUUUGGGCGAAGAUUCCCGGUCAUCCUUGGUGGCCAUCGAUGGUAGCUUACGACCCUAACAGUGCCGUWUAUUUCCAGUACAAAGGACGAGCUAGGUACUACCAUGUGCAGUUUUUCGGGCAGGAUCCAGUCCGCGGAUGGGCCUCGGAAAGGUCGGUGAUAAAGUUCGAAGGGCUAGAGAAGUUUGAGGCAUCAAUUCAUGCCAAAAAUCAUCGCGUAACAGCAAGGAGAAGGAGUCACUGGGACACUGCUGUGAAAGUUGGAGAGAAAGCUUUGCCAAUGAACAGGCAUGAGAGACAAUUGUGUUUUACAUUUAAAUAUUAUGAUAAACUUGCACAAAAAUACCCGCAAAAAGUAAAGGGACUGAAUGGAAUCAAUGCCAAUGUAAGCCCUACAUCUCCUACUAAAACUAGCCAACAAAAUAGUUCUCUAUUGGUUGAUAGUAUAGCUGUUCCAUCAGACAUUACAAAUACUGACAAAGAAGAUGAAAUAGACAGUGCAAAGAAUUUGAAAACAAAGUCAUCAAGGAAACGAAAGAGAAAGCAGACUGAUAAGGAUUUGAAUUUACCAACUAGUGACACAUUAUCUCCAGAGACAACUUCWCCAUCUGAGCAAACUACCAAACAGAAAAAGAGAAUACGAAAGCCAAAGAAGAAWGAUCUUGAUGAACUUGACCUCAAACCACAAGAAUUGCAUUUUCAAAAUGGAAUAACUCAAGAGUUACCAAUAAAUGGAGGCAUUUCACCUACUACUGCAUUAAAGCUUAAAAUAAGGAAAGUCAAGUCACCUGUAGAUACUGGAAAAUCUGGUAACAAACGUGGUAAACCUCCUAAGGAAACAUUUAUCAUUGUAAAUGAUCUAGAAAAACCUGAUAAUGUUAGUAAAGACUCAACUGACAGUACAAGUACAACAUUACCAGAUAACAGUAAGCCUGAAGUAACAAGCACAAGUGUGUUAAACACUGAAGAAAAACCCAAGCAAAGAAAAAGAAGAAAGAUCGAAAGCAGCUUUGUUACUAAUGAUACAGCAUUUAAAGAAGAAAAACCCAAACCAAAGCGAAAAUAUGUUCGUAAAAAGCAACUACCUGKAACUGACACCAAUAAGUUUGAACAAGAGGACACUAAAGUGAAUGAAGUAACUAGUUCAGCUGACAUUAUUGUAAAUAAAAAGCUUUCAAAACAAGAACUUGCUUUAGAAGCAUCAGAAGCUAGUAGUGUCAUCUCAAGUAAUGACAGUGAGGUCGGCAGRUUCAAAGGUGUUUCACUUACUAAAAAAGAAAAGGCAGAAAAAGAACGUGAAGCUGUUUGUGUAGUUUGUGAACAGUGUAAUGACCUGAUAUUCUGUGAAGGAGGUUGCUACAAUGCGUACCAUCCUGACUGCAUAGGACUUUCAACUGCGCCUAAAGGAAAGUUUAUCUGCGAUGAAUGCACAUCGGGAAUACAUUCCUGCUUCAUAUGCCGACAAACGGGAGAUGUGAAACAAUGCUGUCAACCUUUAUGUGCUAAAUAUUACCAUAUUGAAUGUGUAAAAGGCAAUAAUUGCACUAAAUUUGACGGAGACCGUUUUUUCUGUCCAUUACAUUCCUGCGUAACUUGUGUUGUAAKUAAAACACCUCAUAGCCGAGGACGUCAAAUCCGCUGCGUACGAUGUCCAACUUCCUAUCAUUUAUCAGGAUGRCUGGAGGCUGGCUGUAUGCCGAUAACAUCUCAUCUUAUGGUCUGCGCAAAGCAUUUUAUUCCUCACAAGAACAAGGCUCAUCAUUCUCAUGUCAAUGUAAACUGGUGCUUUGUGUGCUCUAUUGGUGGUACGUUAAUAUGCUGUGAAAAGUGUCCAGCAGCUUUUCAUCCAGAAUGCAUCAGCUAUGAAGGGAUUCCUGAGGGUCAUUUCUUCUGUAAGGAGUGUAAUGGUGAUAAAGCUCUUCUUUAUGGGGAUAUAGUUUGGGUUAAACUUGGCAUGUACAGAUGGUGGCCAGCACAGAUAUGCAACCCUCGUGAAGUGCCAACCAACAUUCAGAGCAUGCGGCACCAGCCUGGUGAAUUUCCAGUUAUGUUUCUUGGUAGUCAUGACUACUACUGGAUACACAAAGGGCGUGUGUUUAGUUAUCAGGAUGGCGAUAAAGGCACUGAGUCCAAUAACAACAAAUAUCUGGAGAAGAUCUUCAAGAGUGCUUUAGUAGAAGCCAAGGAAAAAUAUGCUGAGUGGAAAAAAGCCAAAGAAAUCAAAGCAGAACAAGACCUACAAAAAAUGUCCAAGAAACCUGCUCCAUUCAAGCAUAUUAAGGUAAAUAAAUGCACAACAGCGCUACGUAUAAACAACAUUGAUCCAAGCGACAUGCCUAUAUGUGAGUGCACUCCAAAGGAAGGUGUCUACUGUGGUCCAGACUCAAACUGCCUGAACAGAGUACUUCAGUUUGAAUGUACAGCAAAGUGCCCUGCACAGGAUAAAUGUCAAAACCAACYUUUUGUCAAGAGGGAGUAUGCUGACCUUGAGCCAUACCGUGCAUUGAAUAGAGGUUGGGGUCUAAAAACUAAACAAGAUAUCAAAAAAGGUUCCUUUGUCAUUGAGUAUGUUGGUGAACUGAUUGACGAAGCAACUUGCUUGGAACGUGUAAAGAAAGGUGAUGAUGACACAAAUUAUUACAUGCUGACAAUUGACAAAGACUGCAUCAUUGAUGCUGGCCCAAUGGGAAAUCUGUCAAGAUUUAUGAAUCACAGUUGUGCCCCUAACUGCGAGACUCAGAAGUGGACGGUCAGUGGGGAGGUCCGUGUGGGUUUGUUUGCAGCUCGUGAUAUUGCAGCUGGAGAGGAAAUAACUUUUGAUUACAGACUGGAUUGCAGAGGCAACGAAAAGAAAAAGUGUCAUUGUGGCUCCAGCAACUGCAGUGGUUUUCUUGGUGUCCGACCAAAGACGCAAAAUGCCCAAAUAACAGAAGACAAAAUGAAAAAAGCUGCCAAGAAUAAGAAGAAAAGACAAAAGAAACCUGUUGUCAAAGAAAUCCAUGAAGACGAUUGCUUUAUAUGUGGUGAUGGUGGCCAGCUUAUCAUGUGUGAUAAGAAUGGAUGUGCCAAGUGCUACCAUGUCAAAUGCCUUGAACUCCCUAAGAAUCCACAUGGUCGAUGGCUCUGUCCUUGGCAUUUCUGUGAUGAAUGUGGCAAAAAUGCAACCAUCAAAUGUAUUGAGUGCCCRAACUCAUUUUGCAAACUCCAUGCUGAAAACCAAGUUAUAUGUGUCGGGGAAGGAAAGUACAUGUGUUUGGACCACAGCACUGAGGAAACCCAGAAAGAKGAAGAAAAACUCCCAGAUGUCUCCCAGGAUCUUGGUCAAUUUUGUAAUUUAGGAUUUGGAGAUGAUUUAGUUAARGAAAUACCAGGAAUUACCUCUUUAGAUCUGAAAGAUCUUCCUCAAACCCCRCAGGAUAUGGAUCAAGUCCAGUGAUUUGCAGAGAAAUGUGUACAGAACGUGUAUUUUAUUAAUAGGCAUAUUUUAUUUUUCAUCAUUCUUAGCCAGAUACUGUCAUCAUUAAAAUAAAUAGUUGUAGUUUUCAGAGGUAGAUGGAUAUUUUAAUUUAUCAAAUACAGUAAAAAUUAGCUGCGGUGAAGACARAAAACCCAAGAAAUAAAAUAAUGCAGAGAAAAGUGAUGAAGAUUGCUAAAGAAGUCUGUUACUGUAUAUGUAUGUUCAUGGGCUUUUUGACUUCAUUUGAAAUAAUAUACCCAUGAAAUGGGUUGUGUUCAAACUAGAAUCAUAGAGUCGUUUCCAUUUGACCGCUCAAUGAAAAUGACUAGUUAGUAUUUGUUGGUAAAGAAGAAAAGAAAACAAUAGAUUCAGAUUGCAAUGCUWACUAUUAGUCUCACUAAUAUUUCACGGUCAAAUGAAAGCAACCCUAAAUCCAUUCGUUUUUUGAGUAAUGUUUAAUUCUGAUAUUUUGUACAAGUAAUUACUAUUGAUUUUGUUUAGCCAUGAUUUUGAGUGAUUCUCUGUCAUCUGUUAAGUGAAGCUAUCUGUUUGUUUGAGGUCCUAAAGGACACAAACACUACUACAAUAGUCAACUUUAGAUAUUUUGGUUUGAUUACUAUGUACAAAAGAACGCACACAAGGCUCCGGGAAAACAAUGGAUAAUCUUGAUUUAUUCUUUUAUUUCCCUGAAGCCUCGUCUGCAAUUCUUUUGUGCAUGGUCACUGAACCAAAAUAUCUAAAGUCGGCUAUUAUCUUGCCUGUUCUCUCUGAUAAACAAUGAUGGAAAAACUCUCUAAUACUAUAGAAUACUGUCCUGAUUUAUUAAGUGUAAAAUAUACAAAAUAAUGUUUCCCAAGACUGUGGCAUAGUUGCUUUGAUAUCGUCUUCAAAUUCGGCUCUCAUUGUAACUGUGAUACAAGGAAUAACAUGAAUAGGAUUGAAAUUUGAGUACUGUAAACAUAUGGGGACUGAUUAAACUGUUUUAAUGAUAGCGCACAACAACAGAAAAAAAAAUCCAUGUUACAGUUAUUGAAGAGUAUAUGGUCAGAAUAUGCAACCUCAAUCUGAUUUUUUUAAAAGUUUUUACUAUAUGAUAGUCUCAUUGACAGUUCCCUGUACUUUCUUUUAAGAAAAGUAGCUGCGUUUUCAUCAAAGGGCGAUGACUGGUGAACUGGCAAUGAUAGAAACCUGGGAAAAAUUGRUUGCUGCAAUAAGGAAAGGUUUUCAUCAUUGCACCUUCACUUGUAAUGCUUGGGUGCAAUUGCACAGCUACCUUUAAGAAGGUGGAGAGAACUGCAAAGGAGACAAUUGCAUACUCUACAGAAUUCUGUGCAAAUUUACAAUGCAGUUGACAAUGAUAUGAACAAUGUUAUUUAGCAAUAAACAGAGAUGAGACUAGUGUGUGAUGAUUAGCAUUUUGUCAGCUGUUAAUUAAAUAAAAAGUUGAA